UUCAACUAGUCAUUCGACUACAAUUCAGCAAACACUUUCAGUUCAGAAACUUCCCCAAAAGCAAAGAUGUUCAAGAUGCAGGCGAUGACAACGAUGGCAGUCCUGUUGCUGAUCUGCGGCCAAACUGCAUUCGCAGCCAAUGUGGAGCGUCAGCGUCGAGUGCAGACAACAGCCACUGCCACAAGCAGCGCAGGCAUCGCCGGUGAACUGGCUCGCCUUGGCUUGCCACUGCGUCAUGCCACCUACGAGACCAACGACGAAUUCUACGAGACCUCCUCGAAGUCCCUGGUCAAACCUCACCCGGAGCCCUUGCCUGUGGCUCUCCCCGUGCCCGUGCCCGUUCAGGUGGCUUCGGAGCCCGAGUACAAGGUGUUCGAUCUGUUGUCGGGCGGUGAACUGAGCGUCGGACAGGUGAGGCAUCUGCUGCAGCUGAACGCCCAGGCGGAACCCGCACAGCAAUUGCGUUUGCAAGUGCCCCAGAAUGAGGCACGCGUCUUCUUCGGCCUGCGCCCUCAGGCACCUGGAAAUGGUAACGGGACUGCGAUCACCAACGUGAUCAAUAACACCGUCACUGUGACGCCCGCCUCAACGACAACGACGCCAUCGACGACAACCACAACCCGUUUGGCUCCUCAGCUGUUGCCUCUGUCGUACUAUCAGAAUCGUCAGGUGUCGCCCUUCGGUGGCCUCUCCUAUGGCCUGAUCGAUCCCAGCAGCCUGGGCUAUGCCGGCAAUCAGGUGCCUUUGGUGCCCAUCAGUCUGGGCAACAAUGCCGUCGGCUAUGUGCCCAUGAAUCUGCGCAUGUUCCGUCAGCUGAUCGAUGGCAACGCCAACAAUGUUGCUGAACCCACUGUUGGUUUCACCUCCGUCGGCUCAUUGUCCAGCCCCUUCACCUUCUCCUCCACCUUCUCCACUUUGCCCAUUCGCGAGAGCGAAGAAGCCGCUGCUGCUGCCGUCAAUCCUCUGGAAUCUGUGGUGGACAACGAUGCCGAGCUCGCUGACGAUGCUGCCGAAGAGUCCGCUGCUCCAGCUGCCGCUGCUGCUGUUGCCAACGAGAAGGCCACGUUCCCCAAUCGCCUGCAGCUCUUUGGCCAGAACUUGCGUCAGUUGCCCGUCCUGACCUUCGCCAAGAACUUGCGCCGCGUCCAAGUGGUUUAAGAAGAAGCUACGAAACUGCAAACUGCAAACUGAGCUGACCACGAUUGACCCUCUAGCUGGAUACGUAAUCCAAAACCCUUUAGAUGCUAAUGUCAUA